GUUCCGUAACCCCUGACCUCCACCCCACCCCAACACCUCUGGAUCUGGGAUGUAGCGAGGCUGGGUGGGAGGAUGCGCAGUACCGAGGCCGGUAGAACAAGUGUUUAUUGAGGUUGUACAAUGUGCUGAUGCUGUGUCCGCCUCUGGGGAUGCAUAGCUCCAUCGGGGCCAUGUCAGAGCGAGAAGAGCGGCGGUUUGUGGAGAUCCCACGGGAGUCAGUCCGGCUCAUGGCGGAGAGCACAGGCCUGGAGCUGAGCGAUGAGGUGGCAGCCCUGCUCGCAGAGGAUGUGUGCUACCGCCUGAGGGAGGCCACUCAGAAUAGCUCUCAGUUCAUGAAACACACCAAACGGCGGAAGCUGACUGUCGAGGAUUUCAACAGGGCCCUCAGAUGGAGCAGUGUGGAGGCUGUGUGUGGGUACGGAUCCCAGGAGGCGCUGCCCCUGCGCCCCAUCAGGGAGGGUGAGCUCUACUUCCCUGAGGACCGUGAGGUGAACCUGGUGGAGCUGGCCCUGGCCACCAACAUCCCCAAAGGCUGUGCCGAGACAGCCGUGAGAGUUCAUGUCUCCUACCUGGAUGGCAAAGGGAACCUGGCUCCUCAAGGAUCGGUGCCCAGUGCUGUGUCUUCACUGACUGAUGACCUUCUCAAGUACUACCAGCAAGUGACUCGGGCUGUGCUGGGAGAUGAUCCGCAGCUGAUGAAGAUUGCACUCCAGGACCUGCAGACUAACUCCAAGAUCGCAGCACUCCUGCCUUACUUUGUUUAUGUGGUCAGUGGGGUGAAAUCUGUAAGCCAUGACCUGGAGCAGCUGCACCGGCUUCUGCAAGUGGCACGGAGCCUGGUUCGGAACCCACACCUCUGCCUGGGGCCCUAUGUCCGCUCCCUGGUGGGCAGUGUCCUCUACUGCGUUCUGGAGCCACUGGCUGCCUCCAUCAACCCUCUGAACGACCACUGGACUCUGCGGGAUGGUGCUGCCCUCCUGCUCAGCCAUAUCUUCUGGACUCAUGGGGACUUUGUGAAUGGCCUCUAUCAGCAGAUCCUGCUGUCCUUGCAGAAGGUCUUGGCAGACCCUGUUCGGCCUCUCUGCUCUCACUAUGGGGCUGUGGUGGGGCUGCACGCCCUUGGCUGGAAGGCAGUAGAACGAGUCCUGUACCCACACCUGUCCACUUACUGGACAAAUUUGCAGGCUGUGCUAGAUGAUUAUUCAGUAUCUAAUGCCCAGGUUAAGGCAGAUGGGCACAAAGUCUAUGGAGCCAUUCUGGUGGCCGUAGAACGACUGCUGAAGAUGAAGGCCCAGGCAGCAGAGCCCAGUAAGGACGGCCCAGGCGGUAGGGGGUGCCGGCGCUCAGACGACCUGCCCUGGGACAGCCUUCUCCUGCAGGAGUCUCCUGCUGGGGGCAGUGCAGAGCCAGGCUUUGGGUCUGGCCUCCCGCUGCCGCCAGGAGGCGCGGGGCCGGAGGAUCCCUCCCCUUCGGUGACCCUGGCGGACAUCUACCGGGAGCUCUACGCCUUCUUCGGUGACAGCUUGGCCACCCGCUUCGGCACGGGGCAGCCCGCUCCCACGACCCCUCGGCCGCCCGGGGACAAGAAGGAGCCGGCCGCCGCCCCGGACUCGGUGCGGAAGAUGCCGCAGCUAACGGCAAACGCCAUGGUCAGCCCGCAGGGGGACGAGAGCCCCCGAGGCGGAGGCCCCACGUCGGCUUCAGCGUCUGCAGCCUCUGAGAGCAGGCCGCUGCCGCGCGUGCACCGGGCACGGGGGGCGCCCCGGCAGCAGGGCCCCGGCGCUGGCACCCGCGACGUCUUCCAGAAGAGCCGCUUCGCCCCGCGCGGCGCCCCGCACUUCCGAUUUAUCAUCGCCGGGCGGCAGGCCGGGAGGCGGUGCCGUGGGCGCCUCUUCCAGACUGCGUUCCCCGCGCCGUACGGGCCCAGCCCGGCCUCCCGCUACGUGCAGAAGCUGCCGAUGAUCGGCCGCACCGGCCGCCCUGCCCGCCGCUGGGCGCUCUCAGACUACUCGCUGUACCUGCCGCUCUGAAGCGGCUCUCGCCCAGCCCUGGGAAUAAAGUCCGUGCCCGGAA